CAGCAGGAACGCGAGACCGGAGCAACCGGAGGCGGGGGCGGCGAUUGGAGGCCGAGGCUGAGGCGGUGAUUGGAAGGAAGUGGUUGGAGCCGUCGCCCCGCUUGUUUUGCGCAGUUGAUUUGAUUGCGGUGAGAAGAGGGAGGUCAGCGCAUUGAGGCGAUGGAGGAGAGUAGUCGGGAUGGUAUGCUUUCACCAGCAACCCCUGGAUCAGGGAAAUCAAAGCUGGACACUCUACCAAAGGAAGACCUCAUUAAAUUCGCAAAGAAACAGGUUAUGCUUUUACAGAAGGCAAAGUCGAAAUGCACUGCACUGGAAAAUGAAAUUGAACAACUCAAAACAAAACCAACUUUUGAAGCUAAUGAUGCAGUCAUCCAGGAACUGACAACAAGGCUGGAUUCAAUACUUUUGGAAAAAGCAGAAGCUCAGCAAAGUACAGUUUCUCUUAGAAAGGAGAUUGAAAAAAAUAAAGAGGAAUUGAAGGAUGCACUGUCAAGAGAAACAGAAUUCCAGGAGGAGCUGAAAUUGUUAAAAAACCAGCAUUUAAACAAAAUUGAAGCUUUGUAUGGGGAAUUGGAAGCUGCUCAUGCAAAACACACUGAGGAAGUAACCAGGUUAGAAAAUGAACUUCAAACAUCAAAUCUGAAGCAUAGUACCUAUAUUGGACAACUUGAGCAACAACUUGAAGCCUACUCAGCUCAGCAAACUGAAGCAAAGAGAUUGGGAGAAGAAUUAAAUGCAGUUAAAAUUGCCUCUGCGGAUCAGAUAUUACAAUUGAAACAGCAAUUAGAAACUACUGCUGAGAAGCAAAAGGGUGAAAUUAGAAAGCUACAAGAAAGUAAUGGGGAUGCUGUUGCUGGAAAGGAAAAUGAAAUGAAGGAACUCCAGAAGGAGUUGCAAAUAAUCCAAGUCUCCCAUCAUGAAGAAGUGACAAUGUUGAAGCAACAGUUUGAAUCUACCGUCAAAGCACAUGAGAGGGAACUUAAGAAGUUGGAACAAGAUUUAACAGAGAAACAUUCAAUGAAAGAAAAAAGUCUGGAGAGUGAAGCGCUCACUAAUAGGACCAACUAUGAACAUCAGUUGAAUCAACUGAAGGAACAUAUAAGAAAAAUUACAGAAGAGCAAAAUGAGGUCCGAAAAGAAAUCCCAAAUGAAGCAGUUUUUGAAUCGAAUGAGAAGAUGAAGUAUCUUGAGAAUUAUGUGAAAAAAUUAGAAUUGCAGCAAAGUUUGUUACAAGAUGAACUUUCCUAUGUGAAAGAUAUAAAAGAGAAGCUAGAGAUGGAGCUGCACCACACUAAAGAGGAGUUUUUCCAUGAACAAGAGGACUGGGAGUUUAAGAUAAAUGAACUCCAGCUAUCCAAAGAAGAAUAUAUGAAUGUGGUUACAAAAUUGACAGAUGAACUUCAAUCUACUAAUGACCGUUGUGAAAUGGCAGUGGCCCAGCAAUCCUGUGAAAUGCAGAUUAUAACAGAGCAACAUAAAAAAGACAUUACAGUGCUCGAGCAAACUUUAGAUGCUACAGCUGAAAAAGAGAAACUAGAAUCACUUCUCGAAAUAGACAAUUUGAAGAGGAGGUGCCAAACAUUAUUGGAGGAGAAAGAAGAAACACAGUGUCAGUAUGAAAAUUUGCGUGAAACAAUGGAAGUAUUGCAGACUGAAUUAGGAGAAUCUGCUUCAAAGAUCAGUUAUGAGUUUGAAGUUAUGAAGCAACAACAAUCUGAUGAAAUUCAUGACCUGCAGCAGAAACUGAGGAGAGUUUUUAAUGAAAAGGAUUCUCUUCUGGAAACUAUCAACAGGCUGCAAACUGAAUUUGCGGGGGUUAAAGAACUGAAGCAAACUGUAAGUAAUUUUCAAGAGAAGAAUCAAGAAUUGACAAAUUUAAUGCAGAAGAAAGAGACAAACUUAAAGGACUUGCAAGAACAAAUGGACACUUUAAUCAGAGAGAAAGAGGAACUACUCACAGCAGUGAAUGAUUCUGAAGAGUCAAUGAGUAGUUUGAAACAAUCUCUUGUGGUGGAGCAGCAUAAAGGUGCAGAAUUUCAACAGCAAAUGCAAGUAUUGGACAAGGACAAAUGUGAAUUGCAGCAAAGAUUGGAUGAAAUUGCACAUCAGUUGGAAGAGGCAACUUCAGAAAAGGAGUCUACUUGUCAAAAACUAGGAGAGAUGGAAAACAGACUAGGAGCUAUUGUUACUGAGAAAGAAUAUUUGGACUCCCAAACAAAGAAUCUGGGAAACUGUAUUACAAAGUUAGAAAAAGAAAAGGAGGCUUUACAAAAAGAUAUAGCUAUGUUCAAUUUACAAAAUGAAAAUUUGGGAGCAAAUGAAGAAAAACUUAAAGAUCUCAAUAAACAGCUACAAAUUCUGACUCAGGAAAGAGACAAACUCCAACUAGCAGAUGGAGCUGAAAAACAGAAACUUUGUGAUGUUAAACUUGCAAUAAUUAAGAUUCUUGAACAAGAAGUCUUCAGUUUUACAAGUGAUACUCCUGAGUUAGACAUAAUUGAGGCAGUGCAAAUACUGGAGGAAUCUGUGAAAAAAAUCAUGGAGGAAAAGCAUUCUGUGGUGCUGCAGUGCAAUGAGCGUGUACAACAAUUGCAACAAGAAUUGGAAUUACAAAGUAAUGCAAAUAGAGAUCAGCAGACUGAACUCAGUUGUUUAAUAGAUGACCUCAGAAAAGAGAGAACUCUUGUGCAAAAGCAUCUAGAUGAAGCACUGUUAGAUAAGGAAGGAUUGCAAAGAGAUUUGUUAGAGUUGCAGAACCUAUGUGAAAAAAUCACCCAGGAAAAUGAAGAUCUGCUCGUUCAUAUUCAGAAUGUUACAGAGAAGCUUGAGAACUUGGAUACAGAAAAACAGGAACAGAAUGAGAAAGCUGAAAAAGAAGCAAUAGAAGAAAAGGAGGAACAAUUAAAGUGCCAGCUGAAUGAAAAAGAGUCUGAGCUAUCAAAGUUUAAAGAGGAGCUUCAAAAAUUGAAGGACUUGAUGCAGAAAACAUCCAAUGAAGAGAAUACCAUACAAAGCACUGUUGUAGAACUGAAUGACAAAAUAGUCGCUCUAGAAAAAGUAAGCAAUGACAAGGAAAACCGAAUAAACAAGAUUAAAGCUGUUGCUGUGAAAGCUAAAAAAGAACUUGAUGCCAGUAAAAAACAGGUGCUACUGUUAACAGAAGAGAUAGAGAUUGUAAAGUCCGAGCGAGACAGAUUGUCGUCUUCCAUAAAAGAAAUUAUGCAAGGAGCAGAAAGCUACAAGAACCUUUUGCUAGAAUAUGAGAAACAAGAAGAAAAACUGGAUAUGGAAAAGGAGCGAGCAAAUAACUGUGAACGUCAGAUGGAGGAACUUACACAACAGCUACAUGCAUGUCUUCACCAGCACAAACAGUUGGCUUCAGAUAAGGAAGAUAUGUUUACUCAUCUGGGAACUUUGCAGUCAAAUGUCAGACAGCUGGAAGCACAAAUAUUAGAAUCUGAGAAAGCUAAGGUAGCUGCUGAAAAGGAGCUCGAGGCCUUAAAGCUUCUUAAGGAGCAGACGUCCAAGGAGAAUCAUGUGCUGUCGAAAGAAGUUGAAGAACUUAAAAAGCAACUUCAAAAUGAGAAACACCAGCUACAGCAAACAGCACAAGAACUGGCACUUGUGAGAAAGGAUGCUCAAAAAAGCACUCUAAUGGACAUGGAGAUUGCAGACUAUGAGCGUUUUGUGAAAGAACUGAACCAGAAAAUUACUGAUCGAGACAACCGGAUUGUAGAAGUAGUAGAAGAAAUGACAUCAUGCAAGCAGAAAUUAGAAACCAUGGAAUAUGAAAUAAAGUCUCUUCAGACAACCUUGGAAGAACACAAAGCGAAAAACACCAAGAUGAAACAAAUCCUAGUGAAAACAAAAAAGGAACUUGCUGAAUCAAAGAGAGCUGAAAGAGAACAAUUGGCUCUCCAUGCUUCUAUUAAAGGAGAACUGGAAGCAAACCAGCAGCAAUUGGAAAAUUACAAGAUUCAAUUGGCAGAGUUAACUGCUGAAAACCACAAGUUUCAGGAACAAUUACGUCAAAUGAAUGAGCAGAAUCAUCGUACAAUGAGUGCAUUUACACAAAAGAUGGCAGCUCUUCAGGAAGAAUGCGAUAUUGCUAAGGCUGAGCAAACUGCAACUGCUGUGGAUUUUGAAAGUUACAAAGUUCGUGUUCAUAAUGUUCUAAAACAGCAGAAGAGCCGGUCAGCUGCUCAGAAUGAACAUGAGUUGACCCAGCAAGAAAAAGAGCACCUCCAAAAGGUGGUUGACCAGCUGAAGGCCAAGUUACAGGAGUCUCAGUGCAACCUACAAGUCAGUGUGGGUGAGUUGCAGGCUCUACAGUUAGAGCAUGAUAUGCUGCUGGAGCGACAUAACAAGAUUCUGCAGGAAACUGUGUCCAAGGAAGCUGAGAUUAGAGAAAAACUUUGCUGUGUGCAGUCUGAAAAUGUACUGCUGAAAUCAGAGCAUGCUCAGACUGUGAGUCAGAUGACUGCCCAGAAUGAAGCAGCACAUCAAAGCUUCCGUGAGCAAGUCCGGCACCUGCAAGAAGAUCACAGAAAGACAGUUGAAAUGUUGCAAAAACAAUUAACCAAAAUGGAGGCACAGAUCUUCCAGUUUCAAGCUGAAAGCAGUUUAGCAAAUCCUCCACCACUUGAGCCACCAGGGAAGAUUUUGCGUGACCGAAGAAAUAUGGACAUAUCCGUAUUAGAUUUAAAUUCCAUUGACCGUGGAGAAGGAGAAGGAAUGGAGAUGACUGAAACAGAGUCGGUAUCUUCUACAAAUACCCAAGUUGCAUCUCUUGAGCAAUUGCUCACUUCCCCUGAGACUGUGUUAGAUGUUCCUCAAUGGCAGCCAGAGCCAACCAAGGAGGAAAUAACACAGAAAUUAAGCACAGCUACUAAGAGUAUUGACCAUUUAAAUGGGCUUCUACGUGAGACUGAAGCUACUAACGCCAUCCUUAUGGAACAAAUUACGCUGCUGAAAAAUGAAGUGAGGAGGCUAGAAAGGAACCAGGAACGUGAGAAGUCUAUCGCAAACCUGGAGUAUCUGAAGAAUGUUAUGUUAAAGUUCAUAUUCCUAAAUGCAGGCAGUGAGAGGCAAAGCCUGCUCCCAGUAAUUGACACCAUGUUACAACUGAGCCCAGAGGAGAAAAGUAAGCUGGCUGCUAUAGCUCAAGGAGAAGAUGAAAGCACUUCACGAUCAUCAGGUUGGGCUUCAUAUUUUCAUGGCUGGCCUGGACUGUGAUAAAGAUCGAUGGGGCAAGAUAUUUAAGUUGACAUUCCAGCCUUUUCAUGAAGAGAAGACAGUUGUUGGCUUUGUGGAGAGGAAAUCUGCCUUAUGACCAACUUAUUCUCAAAAGUUAUUUGUCUACUGUGUUUCCUAUUUGGCUUGUAAAUACCUUUAUUCACUAUUUAUUUUCUUCUACUUUUACAACACUUUUGGGAAGUACUUGCAACUGGAAGGAGAAAUUUUAAGGUGACUUGCGCAGAAAGUUUAUUGAUCUUUAAGUUUGAAUUCUUGAUGAAUUUUAUUCCAAUAAUGUGAAAGCAAUGUUACUAUUCAGCUGAUGACAGCUAAGCAUGAUGAGCUCACUUAUAUACUAUUGUAAAAAGAGUCUAAUGAUGUUUGGAGUUGUCUUAUAUAAAAUUAUCUUAUGGAAGUGAUAAUUUAGACAAAGCAAGAGCUAUUCAACUAAAGUUGAUUUCUGGAACUAAAUAUUUUGUGUUUAAAAGGUGAAUGGAAUGUAAAAAUUGUUUAUAGAUAUUCAAAAUUAAGAGUUUACAAGAACUUCUUGACUUUGUACAUAUUAUAAAAGUUGCAAAUUUAAGUCUGGGCACUAUAUAGGUAUAAAAGUAUGGAAUUCCAUUGGUAAUGGGAUUAUAUAUGUAUAUCAUCACACCAGUAUAAAGCUUCUUGGCAAAUCAGUCUUGUCUUCAUUGGGGUCAGCUGUAUAUUUGAAGUUGUUUAACUUCUAUGAGCAAACGGUGAUCUAAAUGGAGUGAAUCAACACCAAUAGUAAACCAUGUUGGAAAAUGUAGAGAAAUCAAAGUGAUGCUCACCGAAAGGAUUGAAGGAUUUGCAUACUAUUGACAAGGUAAAGAUUCAGUGGAUUUCUGAAACCUCAAAAGGCUGUUGAUUUAUUUCGUAGUUGUAUGAAACUUAUACCAGUAAGUUUUGAGUUUUUCAGUCAAGGGAUCAAAUUAAUUACUCGUAAAUAUAUACCAUGUACUUUAUUCCUUUACAUUUUCUGGAAAUAUACACCUAUAUGUUGCACAAUUUGGGAAAUGAAGAUUCUUCUUUAAAUUUUUAUUGUUUAUAUCUAUGAAUACAAAACCUAUCUGAUUUCUCCAUUUCCCAGAUUUCCAUUAGCCACUCACUAAUGAUGACCAAAAGGCCAGAAACUCAUCUUGCUGCCUCAGCAUCAAAGAACUAAAAAGUGUGAGAGAACAGCAAGGUGAUAGGUCUCCUGAUUUUCCCCUUUCAUCGCCUAAAUAUAUCUACAAUUCCCUAGUUAAGUGAAUUUUCAGCUCUGAUGAGCUACUUUUUAUUGUGGCACUGUAUAGUCCCAAUUGAUUACCAUGGCCUGUUAGAAACAAUGUGCAGGGUUACAGGGAAAAGGCAGCAAAUUGGCACUAAGUUAAAAUGCUCAGGGAGCCUGUGCAGACACGAUGGGCCUCCUACACCAUAAUUCUGUGAUGAGCCACUGAUCAUCUCUCUCAACUAAACUGGGGAAGGGUGUACUGUUUGUACAUAUACAAAUUAAGAAAUUUGAACAUUAAUCUCAAAGGUUUUUAAUUGCUUUUGCAAGCUUGUAAGUAGAUUUUCAACUGUAGUCCACAUACAUUUUUGGCUCAUACUAAUUAAGCAAUCUCCGUCACAGCUGUAAUUUACCACUGACUAUUGGGUUCUUUAAUAAAACAAGAACAAUUUUAUUCUGGUGAAUCAAUAUUUUUGCUAUAUAGAUAUUUUUGGAAUGUUAGAACUAGAACACAGUUCUUUAGCUUGACAACUCCAAUAGUAUUCAAUGUUUUGCCUAUUUUCUUCAUGAUGAAAUCUGCGCCUACAUUGUAAGACCAUUUAAAACCCGCUCAAUCCUCAUGCCAACGUAGUCUUUGAAAGCCAACUAUUUGUGGACUUUGUGAAUGUCCCAUAUAAUAUGAAAAUUCCCAGGACUGUAAUCAGUCUGCCUCGUGGUGCAGAUAAUAUUCUUACAGCAUGUUUAUAAUGAAUUUUGUCUUGUGUAUAUAAAAGGGUACUAGGGAAUGAAAAUAUUUGAGUUUCUUUUGAUUCCGUUAAUUUAAAUUCCAUCUUCAUUGACAAAUUGAGUAAUACACUGUGUUUGCAAUUUGUGAGAUGACUAGUACUAAGGGAAGCUGCAAUAAAUGUAGAAUCAACAUGUAAAAUGCUACAGCUUAUGUGAACUCAAAUAAUAGCCUGUGAAGAUUUUGGUGCAUAUUUUAGUUUCUUUUCAUGAGGGUUGUUUUGUGUGUAAUUUAAAGAUUAGAGUUUUCUGAUAAAUUUCCCUUUCAAAAUCAUGCUCUGUUUUCCCAGAAGACUAAUUUGCCAAUCAGAGCCGAUUAUUAAUUGCUAUUAUAUAACUUUGUUCUACGUAAUGGCUUUCCAGCUAAUUCUGUAAAGCUAAAACUGCCUGUUCAAUUCAUUGCAGUCUUGUUGAGAAAAAAACUUUUUCAUGCUUCAGCAUUUUUCAUUUUAAUUUUUGAAUGUUUUGCCUGUAAUUUACAAAUAUUGUAACAAGCUGAACAUUCUAGUUUGAGAUCCCUGUUUUAAAGGUAGUAGUGGUGUGUUGAUUAGUAAAUGGUAAUAGUCUGUCCACUUAUACGUUUCGGGGACUGUGUUGUAAUACUUAUACCACUUAUGAAUUUUGGGUGCACUUUCUCAGAUUUUCCAAGUUCGAAUAUAAUGUAUUUCUCUCUGGGAAAGGCUCCAGCAACUGACUAAUUUAUAUGCUGCCGCUUAACUACAUCAUCUGCCAAUAUGAGGUCUACUUCCACAUAUACACAUAUACAUGACAACCAGCACCAAUUCUCAACCCUCUCACUGUUUGUUUGCUAUCCAUUCUUAAAUGAGCCAUAACUUGCUCCAUGUAAAAUGUCUGCACCCUCACUACCAACUACACCUCCCUGUGUACUGUCUCAGGCUGCACCAUAAUUGUCAGCCAUGGUGCCUCGUCCCAAAUUCAGACGUUCUUGUCACACUUGCAUCUGUGACAUUACCUACCUUAGCCUAUCUCCUGCUGAAAUCCUUCAGACUCCAAUACUUUACAGACUAGUCUCCAAGCCAUCAACUUCUACAAACUUCAUGUCUCAUAACUCUACUGCAUCUAUGCUAUACAGCACCAAGUGCCAUUCAUCUGUAUUCACUGGCCUACUCUAGUUCCCUGGCCUCCAAAUUUAAAGACCAAUUCUCCUGCUUAAAUCUUUCCAUGGCUUUACCUCUCCAUAACCUCCACCAGCACCUGAAUGUGCAUUCCUCUGAUGGAAGUUUCUAUUGCAUUUUCUACUAGAAGUGUGUAUGUAUAUGUAAUAAUUAACCACUGAUUUUUUACUCUGCCUUCAUGGAGAAGCUGAUGUGCAAAUCAUGAGACACAAAUAUUUGUGUAUUAUGGUGGAGACCUUUCAAAAAAAUUAGUGUUUCUAAAUUGUUGAUCUUUAUUAACCCCCCUAUCUAAAAUUAGAAUUGAAGAGGCAACUUGACUCGAAUUGAAAAUGUCUUAUUGUCUCUAGAAUGAGCCAAGUAGUACAGCAGAAAGUUUAACAUUUCCUUACCUUUUAAUGGUUGUUAUAAUUUUAUAGAUUUUAUGACCAACACCAGCCCAAAUAACUGAGAGGAUGGAGAAAUGGAAAGUAGGUAUCCUUAAAAAGACAGCCUGACAUAAUUUUACCAGUCUGGGCUGCUAUGCCAUCAAGGUAAAAUGAAAAUUUUCAGUUUGCACUUUCCACAAUAUCUGACUGGGGUAUUGCUGAAAAAGGUGACAUGCCAUUAAAGUUUUCUCUUAGUAUGAUUCUUAGCACAAUCAGUGUUGUUCAGCAAGUGCUGUCUAAUCACGGAAUCACUUCUCAUGUUGGACGUGUUCUGAGUUUUAAAAGCACGUGUUGGUUGAGUACAGUCAGUAUUCUGCCAUUUGCGAACAGCCGAAGGCAUGUGCUAUUUGGUACAAUCUGCCAGUCAUCGGGAUGUAUGGCUGACGUACCAGGCAUCGCACCGGCACUGAAAUUCAUAUACCACAUUGCUAAUUUGUGUGGUAAGCAGAACAUUUAUUUGGCUUGAUGGCAGCAUCCUGUUAGUGGAAAAUACCACGUGUUGCUACUGCAUAGUUGCAGCGUGAAAUGGCUUGUUUCACCUACUGCUCAAAUUUUUGAGAUACCUUAUCCUUCUGCGGUAAUUAGAAGUAAACUUGGGUCUGAAACUGGUGGCCUUGGGCCCAUUUGUGAGUAUGAGAGAGACACAGCGAAACGCACACCUGUUGCAUUCUCUAUCGUGACACCUUGACCAGAGUCAAUUGCCAAUCAAUCAGCACCCUAUUUUCAUGCAGUAUAAAUUGAUGCUACCUGUUAAAUUUGGUAUUCUUGCAUCUGUCCUGAUGAGUACAAGACAAAAAGUUCAACAGUGCCUUUUUUUUUCAGCAAUGCUCAAGUUCUGUACUACCAACUGACCAAUUAAUACCUGAUUAAAAAGAUUGGCUUAUAAA